AUGGCGUCCCCAGGACGUAGGCAGUAUGAAGCUGUUACGUCGCUCGACAGUCAAGCAGUGACGUCCCUGUCUGCAGCAAAUAUCCAACCGAUGGCGUCGCAAGCUGGAAUCGAGCAGUUGCUGAGCCUCGCACACCUCCACGUUGACAAUGUCAUGGCUGCCCGACAUAUCGAGGACAAACACGACGCAAGUCUUGACGAUGGAGGUUGUGCUGUGAUGGCCAGUAGGAAAACGAAGACUCGCAGUGCAGCAACCCUUCCACGAUCCGUCCUCGAUGCUGUGCGCAAGCUGCAUCGAAACGUUCGUGGCAAAGUUGGCGGGAGUGGAGCAGUCGCGACGCUCACCACGGCUGAAGUAGGUGAGGCGCGCUACGAGCGGCUGAAGGCAGGAUUCAGUAGGCUGCAAGAGCACCUGCAUAGCGUCGCAGAGCACCGCGAUCAACUUCUCUGUGGACUUGACCAGCUGCACUCGAGCACGACAUGCUUGCAAGAAGUGUUCAUGGACCUGAUCAAGUCACCGGCGUCUCCUUUUCCGGAACUCUCGUCAAGUCUAUCCGUGAGCUGUGCAGCAAUCGAAAAACUGAAGAACGUCCUGGAGCACAAGGUGGCCAAGCAAACCCGUCGAAAGCUCGCAGAGCUCGAGCUCUUUGCGGCCAAGCUGGACGAGCGUGAGCAGCUUCGGCAAGAGGUUGACAUGGCCGAACGGCAGCUUCAGAUCUCGCGCGUAGACAAUCUGAAACGUGGGCCCUACGCUUCCACGAAGCGCACUGCGACUGCACACGACAUUGCAGUCGAGCGCCAAGCGUUCCAACAGCUUCGACGGCGUCUGACCGUCAUGACCGAAGCGCUUGAGCACGUGUUCCAGUUCCACGUCCAACUCGAUCAAUGCAUUGCGGAGCCUGAGCUUGAGACGGUGCGUAAGUGUAUCGUAGCACAGAGAUCCAUAGCGAACAUGCAGCAGCAGCUGCGCCGCGUUCUCGCAGCGCUCUGUGUGCUGUCCAGCGCCUGUCGCGUCUCGCCAACUGCUGCGUCAUCUACGACCGACGGCGCUUGCCACGCGACCGAUGUGCUGUGGCUUUGGAGCGGCGCGUUGACGUCCCGCUCCAUCACGUUCAAGUGUGGGGUACGCGAGGGGUACACUUGUGCCCCGGCCGACUUUGUGCUCUACGCGUUCCCCGCGCUGCGCGACGGCGAGAAACCCCACUCGGCGAUCGCCACGUGCAGUACAGUGGACGGAGGCGAAGCGGGUGCAGGCGAAGAGCGCAGUGCGUCGGCGGACGAGCCCUCGCGCGUUGUGCAGUGUACCCUGUCGGCACUCCCACAUCGUGAUCGCGAGUACCGCUACGAACUGACGUUGCUCGAGUCGGGGGCCGUCGUCAAGAGCGGACGCUUCCGGACACCCAAAGCCGAAGGCACUGCGUACGACUACCGCGUGGCCUUUGCCUCCUGUGCGGACGAACGAUCCGAUCCGCGGGUGUUUGAAGCCAUUGGGCACGAAGACGCACUGCUGUUUGUGCACACGGGCGAUCUGCAUUACCACAACCUGAUCGUGAACGACGUCGCGGCCUUUCGAGACGGCUAUGACUCGAUCUUUGCCUCACCUGCGGGCCAAGCAAUGCUGGCCAUGGACGUACCGUUCGCCUACAUGUGGGACGACCACGACUUUGGUCCGGACAAUAGCGACGCGACUGCGCCGGGUCGCAACGCAUCGGUGCAAGCGUAUCGGGAAGCUGUUCCGCACUACCCGCUGGUCGGAGGCCGGUCACGAACGAGUACCGUGCACCAGGCGUUCACGAUCGGUCGAGUCCGCUAUCUCCUCACGGAUCUGCGAUCUGCGCGGACGCCCAAUACAGCUCCUGCUGCGCCGACCAAGACCGUGCUGGGCAAACAGCAGAAGGCGUGGUUCAAGUCCGAGCUCGUGCGUGCGACGAAUGACCCGAGCAUUCGACUGAUUGUCUGGGUGAACACCAUGCCGUGGCUCGAUGACGAGCGCAAGUGGGGGCAAUUCGUGCACGAGCAACAGGAGCUGGUGAAUUAUAUCAAGGCCCACGGCCUCAACAAGUGGGUACCCAUUGUCAUCGUGAGUGGAGAUGCACACAUGUUGGCAGUGGACGAUGGCCGCCAUAGUCCGGGAAACUUGACGGUGCUCCAUGCUGCUGCGUUGGGACGUCCUGGAUCGAUCAAGGGCGGACCCUACAGCCAUGGUGCGUUUGCUGGAUCAGGCCAGUACGCUGUCAUGGACAUUACGGACGAAGGGGGCGAGCACGGACGCGUGUGCAUUCACUAUCGAGGUAUGAACAUCGACAGGGGUAUGCUGAUCGAGUACGACACUUGCCAUCCAGAGCGCACUCCCCCUGUGGCGCCGUAUUAUCCACCCCCCAUCCCGGUACGCAUUUUGAUGCGCGUGUGGAAGAAAGCGAAGCGAUAUGGCGGUAUCGCGGCUGUCGUGAUAGCCAUUGGUAUCGCCCUUUUCGUGUUGAGAAGCAGACGCCAGCGUGCUCUCCGCGCCCGAAAGUACAGCUAA